UUGUAGUCAAUGUGCAAAGCCAUGCUUGUAGAAAUGUAUGUGUUAGUAGUGAAACUGUUUAUGUGUUUCUUUUCUUCAGUGAAUACAGAACAUCAAUACGAUAACUUCUGUCCAGUAUGGGCUCAAGUUACUCGUUAUUACCAGCGUUUUCGGUAUGUGACCGUUCCCUGUGAUUCUCCUCGUGACUACUGGUCCAUACCGUCAUGUUAUGAAUCUAAUAUAAAGGAAGUUUUCCAAACAAGAACAUACUCAAGAAACGAGUACAAUAUCAAAGAAUGGAAAUGUUGUCCAGGGUUUUCAAGACAAAGCGAUUACGAAUGCGUACCGAUAGUUCAAGACUGUGAUGUAAACCAAUACAGAAUCGGAGAUGAAUGUUCUGAGUGUGACUGUGACUGGGAUAACGCCUAUGGUGGUUGUAGAGAGGACUCAGGGACGUGUUUUUGUAAACCUGGAUACAUUGGACCACGAUGCGACUCGGAAUGUAAUGAUGGUUUCUUUGGAAUGGAUUGCCAAUAUGAAUGCUCGUGUAAAAACAACAGCAUUUGCAACAAAACAGAUGGACAAUGUCCCUGUACUAUGCCAGGAUGGACUGGCAUGACAUGCUCAGAAGCCUGUCCUACAAGUACGUACGGAAUGUUCUGUGCUGAAACCUGCGAUUGCUCUCCUUACCAAAACCGUUUUUGUGAUCCAGAAGAAGGAUGUAUUUGUAAUCCGGGAUACACUGGAGAGUCUUGCGAUGAAGUAUGUCCCCCUGCUAACUGGACAUAUGGACCAGCAUGUCGUGAAACAUGCAUGUGCCAGCGACUGGGGUCUGAGCGAUGUGAUCCCAAGAGUGGAGCAUGUUCCUGUAAGCCAGGAUGGGAAGGUCGCUUCUGCAACGAUUUAUGCGGUAAUGGGACCUAUGGAUUAGCAUGUAAUCAGACGUGUCAGUGUGAGGUGUUUGAGGAAUGUCUUCCAACAUCUGGAGAUUGUGUUUGUCCGCUGGGUUUCUCCGGAGAAAGAUGUCACAUACAUGCAAAUGAUACGAACGCGAUGCCGUUUGCCGGACAUCACGACUUCCCUUGGGGAGCUGCUGUAUCUCUAAUCGUGGUGGCUUUAAUCCUGGUCGCUGUAUGUGUAGGCAUAUUUGUAUUAGCAAGACGAUACAGGAGCUGUGCAAAAUUACACAAGAAAAGGACUGAAUCAAAACGAACACAACCGGAAGCUGACAAUUACACGACCAUUGCGGACGACAUGGAUGGUCAGAUUGGUGACCAUUACAACUCAUUUAAUGAUCAACAACCAUUACAAGACUCACUGAGUGGAAAUCAAACACCGUACGACCACAUUAACAUGAUUUCUGGGAUGUAUGACACUUUUCAUGGUACCCAAGCUUCUAUGGUGAUUGGUGAUAAUUAUGACAGUGUCCGGAUGUCUAAUCCGAAAGCGUCUUCUCAAUAUGAUCACAUGACACGAAAUACUGAAAGCGGUAAAAGUAAAAUAACACACGUGAUUGGUAGCGAGUAUGACAAAUGUGAACAUGGAAUAAUAGAAACUAGCCAUUCAUAGACAAAAUCAUAUAUGUUUAUCUUCUUUACACACAAUUAAAUAAUCAUUGUUUUUAAUAUACAAAUACACGUGUUUCUUGACAAUCGGAUAUAGCAGGUAAUGCCACCGUAUAUUCCACCUGCAUAUCAAUGAACAGCUUAAUGUUAAAAAGUUAUUUCAUGACAAUACUUACAACAAGAACAGACGUGUAUUAUGAGAACACUCUGUCAUGUCCAUCAUGUUUCCUCAUAAUUACAAAUAAGUGAUUCCCCUUCCAAUUGUUUAGUCAAUGUUUGGUGACAUCAGAUUUGCCAUGUGUCUCUUCGGGAUACAUUGAACUUUAAAUGAGAAAUAUAUGUGGAAAUGGACAGAAAGAUUACUUACCCAAGCAGAUAAAGAAAUAAUAACCGUAAAGAUAAAAAAAAAAACCCUGAUAUAUUCCUGUACAUCACACACAAAAUACAGUGUAAUGUAUAUUUCUUAGAAUUAUCAAUUUUGUUUCUAAAAAGCUUCAAAGAAUAUUGAGUUUAAGCAAUGUAAUUCAGAAAGUUACAAUUUUCUGGAACUAUAUCAUACUUGAAUGAAUGUAUAGACUGUUUUCAUUCGAAUGUGUGUCAACAGAAUAAAAACACUCCGACGUGUCUGUGGUAAAAAUAGGCCUUACCUUCACGAAAUGUCAUGUAAGUGAUUCUAUGUAGUUUUGUUGUUAGUUGGUUAUGACAUAGAAAGCUAGAAAAGGUCGGUUAAGCCUUGUCCCAUCUGUUUUAGUUCUCCAAAUCCUAGUAAUAGGGAUACGAUAGUUUAUCUAUCAGCUACCGAGUUGUCUACCGUGUUCUAUGCUUCAUUGCAGUUUUUUUUUAACUCUUUUAUGGGUCGUGAGUGAGCUCAGGGUAUAGUCUCGACUAGUUUGUCACGUCUCCGGUGUCGCGACACUGUGUUUUUAGCUGGUAUUAUGUGCUGUUCAGGAUUUUGGGUUUCAAGUAGCACAGAAUCGAUAACGAGUAGGGAUGUGCUUAGGGCUUUGAUUGAGGGUGAUCGCGACUCCCGAGUGUUGAAAUGUCCUUGCAUUAACAGCAGGUAGCUGUGUAGUAUAUAUUACUCGUACAGUUAUCUUGAGUAAAUAUCUGUAUCAUCAGUAGUGUGUACAUGUGUGUAGAUAACUCCAUAGUUCAGUGUUUCAGUGGCCAUUGUGUAUGUUACUACAAGGUAGUGACCUAUAACUGUAUACAGUAAUAGUAUUGCAGAGGGAUAACAUCAAUAAAAAUGAAAUGCUUUAUCUAAUUCAUGUAAAUUUGUCUCUGAUAGCAUUGUCCGAGAAAAUGUUCUUCCCUCUAACGAAACACUUUGCCUUUCUCACGUGCGUUCUUGUCUCUUCUGGAAUAGGUAUAUGUCCGCGCAUAGUGUAUAUACGAAAUACACGAUACACUUGAGAUGCGUAUAUUACAAUAUACAAAUCACUUUAUAACUUUUUAAUGUUAAAUCUUUUUAUGUUUUUCUGAUGUGGAAUAAACUUAAGAUAAAUCCGCUAAAAAAUUCUCGAUUGAUUCCUCGACGCCGGUCCAAUUUGUUGGCAUAGUCACGCACGUGUGCAUGUGUAUAUACAAUGUUAACUUUAACAGUAUCAAAUUUGGAGUACACGAUGCAUAAUACGGAAAAGAGGACACGCAAAUUCAACAAAUACCCCACUAGAAGAAAUAUUGUGUAUGACGAAGGGUUGAAAAUUUCAAAAUGUCCACCUUAGGAACAAUGUCUUGAUUGUCAGACGGAUAUCGUUGAUACAUCAGAAGGCGCUUCCUCUUUCGGAUCCCCUGGUCUUAUUCCCUUGAAAUGUUUCCAGACUCUCUAUGCAAAUAUAUAUCUUUGUUUACAUUUUGCCCUCGUUAAUCGAUUAUUAAACCAUAAUUACCAAAGCAUGAUAGUGACUAACUUAAUUUCCCAGAUAGAAUUAUAGGUAAUCUGGUCUAAUAUAUAUUAAUACGAUGGAUUUCAUAAAAACAUAUAUAUAUAUAUGAUGGAUACAUUAACGAAGUAUAUCUCAGUAACAUUGCCUUCAGUUUAUUGCAGUUUUAAAGUAUUAAUGUUUUGAAAUGGCGAGCCUGUUUGUCCGUGAUGUUACCAAGCUCAUAAAAACCAACAAAAUAAACGAAACUCAAAUUGCA